GUAAGGAUAAAGAAAAGGAAGAAGCUGAAGAAAAGGAAAAAGAAGCUGAAGAAAAGGAAGAAGCCAAAGAAAAGAAAGAAGAAAAAGCUGAAGAAAAGGAAGAAAAGGAAGCCGAAGAAGAUGAUAAAGAUGA